GUUUGUCUUUGUUUUUGCUCCUGGUCUUCAUUUAAGCUCUUGCCUCUCUUGUUUCCCCUUGCGAAGUUUUACUUUUAUCUUUCGAUCGGAAAAGCAGCAGAGGAAGGUCUCCACAAUGGCGGAUAUUGCUCACCUGGAAAAAAUGGGUAGAGAGCUCAAGUGUCCCAUAUGUUUAAGCCUGCUGAAUUCAGCGGUUUCACUCACCUGCAAUCAUGUGUUCUGCAAUUUAUGUAUUUUGAAAUCCAUGAAGUCAGGAUCAAACUGCCCGGUUUGUAAAGUUCCGUUUCAGAGGAGAGAGGUUCGACCUGCUCCUCACAUGGAUAACUUGGUAAACAUUUACAAAGGCAUGGAAGUUGCUUCAGGAAUCAAUAUAUUCACCACCCAGAUUGCACCAGCAACCAACAUUUCUGAUGGGCAGAACCAGGGUAAAGAUAAGAGUGAUUUGGAUAAUCCGGAUAUUGGUGGGAAUUCCUGUAGAAAAAACAAGAACGAAAGAAAAUUCAAAGGGAAAAAUAUAGAACAUGUGAAAACCAAUGAAAAGAUUCCUAGUCCUCACCUGGUAAAACCUUCUUUUCCAGCCAAGAAAAGGGUACAUGUGCCACAUUAUCCUCUGUCUGAGACCCCAACUAGGCCCAAAAGGUCAGAUGCAGGAUUUGGUAAAUCUGUUGAACAAGAGCUACUGGAUAGUUCAGUCCUACCAAACAAGAAGCCUAUUAUUACAGAAGCAGGAGAGCCCAUAUUGUCUCCUUUCUUCUGGCUAAGGGAAAGAAAUCCUGAGGAUGAUGAUGACACGGAUAAGUUUUGCAGUCAACAUACUGAGGGUGAUAUUGUCACGGAUACACCACAAAAGGCUCCUUCUUUUAGCGAUCUAAAGGAUUCAGAUGAUGAGACUCCCACUACAAUGACAGUCAAUGAAGAAGUGCACAAUGGAUUCAAGGCCGUAGAUGCUUUUGACAGCGAAAUGUUUGAAUGGACACAAAGAGCUUGCUCUCCUGAACUUUUUUCAACACCAAUUAAGAAACAGGAAGUAAAUAAAGAUGAACUCUGUGUUAUUCAAGAGGAAAGUGAUGCGACUUUGCAUGCUUGCACUACAUCUCCUCAUGGAGGAGGAACCAUUUCAGAAAAAUUGAGAAGCAUUAGUGCCAAACAAGGAGCUGAAAACAGGAAUGCAGAUUUGUCUAAUCCUGUACCCUCAACAAAUAAAAGUGUCAAGGUCCCAAAGGAAAAAAAAAAAUCCAAUAAAAGGGCUAAAAGAACCAAUGGAAGGUCCCAAAGGAAGCGUCUUAAACUAUCAUUAGAUGGAGGUCAUGGAGAAGUACCUAUUGAUUCAAGCGAAAUCGAAAAUUUGAAUGAAGGGAAUAGAUGUAACAUUAAUGAUGAUGCUUUAAAUUUGGUGGGAAGAAACAUUAGGAGGGGCAAAAAGACCAGUUCUAUUGCUACUGUUCUAGGAAAAGCACAAAAUGUUCCUACAGAAUCAAUUGAAGCAAACAUUCCAAAAAUCAGGAAUCAAGGAGGUGACAAUGUGGGUUCAGAGUUCGCUGUUUCUUCUGGUGAGGGGCCUAGAAAUGAUGAAAAUUUAACUUUAAGGUGUAAAGCUGGGAAAGGCAGUGAGAUUGCCGAUGCUCAUCCGAAGAAGCAUCCUAAAAGAACAAAAAGCCAAAGAGUUGAUGAUGCUAUUGCCAAGGUGCUUAAUGAAAUUCCUAUGAAUGCAAACCAAGAAUAUGAAAAUAUGCAUGUCCAAUUGCCUCUCUCCUCUUGUCUGAAGGCGAAUAAUAGUGAGACUCUUAAUUUGGGUGAGAAAUCUGACACAAUGGCUAAAUUGAGGGCAAAGAGAAGGAAGAAGAGAUUGAAUAACUCUACUGAUGCUAAGUCAAAGGAUGGGUCAGUUGAUGAAGUUUUGGAUGAUUCUAACAAGGAUGCUACAAAGAAGACUGAAAGCAUUGAACACCUUAAAGAAAAUCUUAAGGUAGCUCACAGAAAAUCAGAAACAAAUGAUAAGGUUCUUGCUGUCGCUAAUGGUGGGUUUCUGCGUAAAUGUGAGACUGCUCCUAAUCAAAUUCAAUGUGCUUUCUGUAAGUCUUCUCAAGAUUCAGAGGCUUCCGGAGAGAUGAUGCACUACUUUAGAGGCAAGCCAGUUGCUUUGGAUUAUUAUGAUGAGGGAUCUAAUGUUAUUCAUUCACACAAGAAUUGCACUGAAUGGGCACCUAAUGUGUAUUUUGAAAAUGAUACUGCUGUCAACCUUGAAACUGAAUUAGCAAGAAGUAGAAGGAUUAAAUGCAGUUGUUGUGGGAUCAAAGGUGCUGCUCUUGGGUGUUAUGAGAAAAGCUGCCGCAAGAGCUUUCAUGUUCCUUGUGCAAAGUUAGUUCCACAAUGUCGAUGGGAUGGUGAGAACUUUGUGAUUCUAUGCCCUCUUCAUACUUCUUCUAAAUUGCCUUGUGAAACUUCUGGACCUCAAGAGAAAAGCAGGAAGAGGCCUAUUCCAAAAGGGGAGUCCCAUGCUAGUAAAAUCAAAGCACCAGUUAAACAUGAUUUGACUGUUAGCCAGCAAUGGAAGCAUUCUGGAUCUUUUAACAAAUGGGUUUUUUGUUGCUCAUCCCUUGCUGCAGCAGAGAAGGAAACUGUCUCUAAGUUUGCAAAAUUGGCUGGUAUUUCGGUGGCUAAGACAUGGUGUUCCAGCAUCACCCAUGUCAUUGCAUCUACAGAUGAGAAUGGAGCUUGCAGGAGAACUUUAAAAUUUUUGAUGGGUGUCUUGGAAGGCAAAUGGAUAAUGAAGAUUGACUGGAUUAAGGCUUGCAUGGACGCAUUGGGACCUGUUAGCGAGGUUCAAUAUGAAAUCAGAGAGGACAUCCAUGGAAUCAGGGAUGGCCCUGGGUUAGGAAGGCUACGGGUCCUUAACAAGCAACCGAAGCUUUUCAAUGGGUUCACAUUCUAUUUGAUGGGAGAAUUUACACCUUCAUACAAAGGUUACCUGCAAGAUCUAAUAUUUGCAGCUGGAGGAACUGUUCUACAGAGAAAACCCAUUUCAAAAGACCAGGGAGUACUAUUGUCUGAAUCGUCAAAAUCGAUCUUCAUAAUUUACAGCCUUGAGCUACUAGGCAAGUCUGAUCCUGUAAAUAAGACCACUGAGAUCUGCAAUCGUAGAAGGGCUGAUGCAGAGGCUUUGGCAAAUUCAGCUGGAGCUAAAGUGGCGAGCAACUCAUGGGUUUUGGACUCCAUUGCUGCCUGUAAGUUGCAAAGCCUUGCAUGAUACUUGAUUUUAGUUAUUGGACUGGACUGGUCUGUGCUAUGUAUAAGAAUUUCAUGUAAAAUGUUAAUUUU